AUGAAAGCCUUGGCCUCGGUUGUUCGCAGAAAUAAACCCGAAGCCCUCUCUCUUACCGGCAUGUUGUCCCAACAAGGCGGUUGCGAUAACCGCCCCGCCACUUCUUCAUCCCAGAAGCUGGCCGACGCCCUGAACGAGCUGGCCAACCGGAGCAUGACCCCCACCACCGCCCUGCCCUCCUUGCAGUCCCCUUGCUUCUAUCACAACCGAUUUGAUGAUGCCGUCAACAUCGACAAGGUUCUCGAGGAGAUCAAGAAUGACGACUGCAUGUCCCACUCUAGGCUCGUACAGACAGCCACCGGCGUCCGCGAGGUCUCCAAGCAGUUGCAACGCCGUCCCAUCAAGCGCGCUGUCCGCAAUGUCAUGAUUGUCACCAAAGCUCGCGAUAACCAGCUCGUCUACUUGACCCGCGAACUCGCUACUUGGUUGCUUCGCACUCCGAGGUAUGGUGCCAACGUUGGCGUCAACGUUUAUGUGGACGCCAAGCUCCGCAACUCUCGACGCUUCGAUGCCAAUGGCAUCGUCGCAGAGAACCCUGCAUACCAGGAUAUGCUCAAGUACUGGACGCCUGAUUUGUGCUGGAGCCAGCCUGAGAAGUUCGACCUUGUCCUCACCCUCGGCGGUGACGGAACCGUUCUCUUCACGUCAUGGCUGUUCCAGCGCAUCGUGCCCCCCGUUCUGUCCUUCAGCCUGGGCAGUCUCGGCUUCCUGACGAGCUUCGAAUUCGAAAAGUACACGCAGCACCUGGACCGGAUCAUGGGCGACGAGGGCAUGCGUGUCAACUUGCGCAUGCGCUUCACUUGCACCGUCUACCGUGACGGCACUCUUGGCCAAGAGGCUGAGGAAGGAGAGCAAUUCGAGGUUCUCAACGAACUUGUCAUUGAUCGAGGCCCGUCCCCAUAUGUUUCGAACCUGGAACUUUACGGCGAUGACGAGCUCCUUACUGUGGUGCAGGCCGAUGGCUGCAUUUUCUCAACUCCGACAGGAUCGACCGCUUACUCACUUUCGGCUGGAGGUUCCUUGGUACACCCCGACAUCCCAGCUAUCCUUCUGACACCCAUCUGCCCGCAUACCCUCUCAUUCCGCCCGAUGGUUCUCUCUGACACGAUGCUCCUCCGUGUGUCGGUGCCACGUAACUCUCGCGCAACUGCAUACUGCGCCUUUGAUGGCAAGGGUCGUGUUGAGUUGAAGCAAGGAGACUAUGUUACCAUCACUGCCUCACAAUAUCCAUUCCCUACGGUUGUCCGAACUCAGACGGAGUGGUUCGACAGUGUUUCCCGCACUCUUCGCUGGAACACGCGCGCCGCGACGCAAAAGGGAUUCGACCCCUCUGCUAGUGGCAGCCUCUGCCCGUCUGAGGACGGCAAGGAUGAUGAUCCGGAGUGGGAUAUUGACACCGACUCGGCCUGCUACGCUAGCGAGGACGGGAGCAUCAGUGCGAGUCCCUUGAGAAGGCAGAUGAGUCUGCUGGGCAUGUGA